CAAAGUCCAAACAAAGAAACCGAACACUUCUUGCACCGCCACACGCAACACAGAGAAAUCUAGAUACUCACAUCACAUCACCAACCACCAAUUAACUUCUGCCAUUCUUUUUUUCUUUCUUCUAUAUAUCAUCACUUUCUCACUUUCUCAUUUUCUCACUCUCUCAACCCGUGAUUCCAACCUUCUCUUCACCCACCCCUUUUUCUUUUUCAUCAUCUCUUUCUUUCUCACACCCAACCAUGGCUUCCAUCUCACAGGGUCUUGUUCUCACCUCUGCCAUGCUUCUCUCAACCACUCUCCUCUACGUUGCUUUCUCCAGGCAAAAAUCCAACCUUUCUUUCCGGAUUCAUCACUCCAACAAACCCACCUUGCGCUCUUGCUUGUAUUCAGAGGAAAAGAAACGGGAGAGAAAGAAGAAGAAGAAGAAGAAAGUGAAGUUUGCAGAUAGUGUGAAGAAGGAAGGAAGAGAAAGAAAAGAGGAAAACAGAGUAUCGAAAAACUGCAGAGACGAAUCCUCGGAUUGUGUCGGAAUGCCGGCGAACAGAAUCGCUUUGUAUAACGGGAUUUUGAGGGAGCGAGUGCACAGAACAGAGUGCUCUUACUAAUACUAACACCUGAUUUUUCGCAAAGAUCGAUCAAAUGUUGUACUUGUUGUACAUUUGUGUAAGGAAUUUGAAGAACGCACAAAAUCUCAUCCAUGUGUCUCUGUCUGUCUCUCUCUCUCUCUUCCUCUGUUCUGUCUCUGUCUAUCACACUAAAUUUUCAAAUAUAAUUUUGUGGUGAGGAGGGUGUUAAUACAAUGCAGAAAUUAAAAGAAUAUAAAAUCUGGGGUAUUCUUUUCUUGUGGUUGUAAAUUGAUGAUGCCUACAGGAUUUUGUCCCAUUGUUAUGUACAAAUUAUUAGGCAAAGUUUUGUUUUGUUUUUUUUCUUUUUUUUCGAAAAUAAUAUACUUCCAUCCACUUGAAUGAAUCAAAUUUCUAUUGUUUGUUUUUCAA